AUGUCUGCCUUCACCUCACUUCCAAUCAUUGAUAUUUCUCUUGCAGAUAACCCAGAAACUAAGCCUAAGUUGCUCCAAGAUCUGGAACAUGCUUUGUUCCGCGUCGGCUUUCUGUACCUUAUCAACCAUGGCAUUGAACAGGAGGCACGAGAUAUUCUUGAACUGGCACCCAAAUCUUUUGAAGUCCCCCAAGCUGAAAAAGAUGCUGUGGCAAUGACCACCAACCCUCACUUUGUCGGCUACACCGCUUUAGGUAUGGAGUACACUGCUCAGCAUGUCGACAUCAGAGAACAAUACGAUUUUGGCUCUGCUCGUGACCCUGACCCAUUGUUCAGGGAAGACGAUACAGUAGAACCCUGGCGCCGACUCAAAGGACCUUCUCCAUAUCUACCCGACUCUGUACUUCCAGGUUUUGAAAAAACCGUCACAACAUAUAUUGCCGGUAUGGAGCGUGUAGCUUCACGUUUACUGGAUCUUAUAGCUGAGUGUCUUAAUCUGCCCCCUGAGACUUUCCACCAAUUUGAGGCUGACAUGAACCGUCUUAAGAUUGUAAAGUACCCCCCUCCUAAAGCUGAAGAAAUUGAAAAGGCUGGCGGCGCGUUUCUGCAUGGAGGUAGUCAAUUCCAGGGUGUUGGCCCUCACAAAGACUCAUCGGGUAUGUUUACUUUUGUGCUUCAGGAUAAUGUUGGUGGUCUCGAGGUCCUCAACCAAGCUGGUGAGUGGAUCCCCGCAACGCCGCUCCAAGAUUCUUUUGUUGUCAACAUCGCUCAGGGAUUCGAAGCCCUAACUGGAGGGCGGUGCGGCGCAACCACCCACCAAGUCAUCUCACCCUCAGAAAAUGUCACUCGUUACUCUAUUCCUUAUUUCCACUCAAUCCGUCUGGAUCUUACAAAACAAGAUAUUGAUAACCAGCUUUCUUUUAUUAAGGGUCGUAUUCCAGAACCCUCAGAUCUUAAGAAGCGUGCCGUGGAUGUUCCUUCUGAGUUCAUUCAACCUCAAUACAAAACAUUUGGCGAUGCCCAUCUCCGCAACAGAGUCGUCAGCCAUAAAGACGUUGCGAAGAUAUGGUACCCCAAACAAGAUGCAAUUUAUAACUCUGCGUAA